UGUUUAAUAUCAGCUUUAUCAAUGUUUCCUAUGCUAUUGUACGUUGAGUGUGCUGUAAAUUAAAGAAUGUUAUUCAAAAUGAUUUUUUUCUUCACGGAAGUCAACACGAGAUUUAACAAGAUGAAAUGUAGUAUUAAAACUAGAAUUAGGUAUUCUUGUCUAAUAAUAUUCAUUUAGAAAACUACCGUUUUCUAUUUGUUUGCAAUUCCUUGUUUAUUUUUGAAGUUUUGAAACUUUGAAUCUAGCGGGCAUUUACUGACGAACGAAAAAUGCUGUUUAGCCUUUUUUAUGAGCAGACGAUGACGAUGUCAUUUUACUUGUUAUUGGCAUUUUUCUUCUGGAAAUGACGAGUCUCGUAUUCGUUUUUCCCAAGUUGUAGACUUAAGUAAUUUUUCCUAAUCAAUUUAACUCAUCGAACACAGUAAAAUAUAUCACUAACUGCCAUUUUUAAAGGUUCUCAUCGGUCCAUCAUAAAGUUUGAUCCAAGUUAUUUGUAAAGACUGCAACUACAGAAACAAACAGCUAUGCCUUCCAGAUUUACACCCAGACAUCCAUUCCAUCAACCGUUUCAUGGUAUCUCAACGAAGAGCCCAGACGAAAAAAGAAAAGAGGCUUUGGAACGAAUUUUGCAAUUCAACCCAGUGAAAGCAGGAGACAAAGACUAUGCCUCGCCAGUUGGCUUUGUCAAAGGCGGAGUUCAACAACAAACAGAAAGGGGAGAGAUUGUUGAAACAAAUGAGAAUCCCGGCUCUUCUUCUGAAAGUGCAACAAACGUGUCAAAUGAUUCGCGAACGAACCCAAACAAUGAAAUAGGCGGAUGGGAGAAACACACCAAAGGCAUCGGUGCUAAGCUUCUAUUAAAGAUGGGCUACAAACCCGGACAGGGGCUCGGCAAGAGUUUACAAGGAAGGAGUGAACCUAUAGAAGCCAAAGUUCGUAAAGGACGAGCAGCAAUUGGCAGCGAAGAGUUGUUACCACCAAAAUCGCAUCAUCGUUCCAACGCCCAACAGUCGUUAAUCGAACACAAACUAAAAAACAAGAAAUUUUCCAAGAGAAAAAAGAACGUGUUGGCUGCCAUCCCUAAAGCAGCAGAACCUCCCAGGAGAAUGAAUCUCAUCUAUCCGGAAUUUUCAAACUACCAGAGCAAAACGUCAAAUAUCCUGCGUUCAUCGAUGGGCGAUCGUAUGACAAUAGACAGGACACCGGAUGUUAUUUGUAUAGCAAGCUCAGAUGACGAAGAUUGCCUGAUUCUGUCUGACGCUGAAAAUUCUUCCAAAACAACAUUACCCUCGGACGAUGCGAAUAGAACCACACCAGCCAGGCGCACCACACCGUUAAAGAGUCCGACUUCAACGAGUUCCGCCAGAUCAAGCGCUGCUUCGUGUGAUGUUGUUUGCAUUUCGAGUUCAGAUGAAGAGGAUUGUUUCAUUUUAUCUGAUGGUGAAACGUCCCCCUCUAAUGAGAUUGGCGCUCGUGUCUCAACGGCCUUGUCCAACAACAAUACUCCCGAAACUUUUUCAUGGAAUCGCCCGAAGUUGUCAGUUUCGCAACGUAGGAUGAGAAAAAUGCGGAUGAAGGAGUGGUCUCAACGGAGAAAAAUCCGACACAGCAUUUCCAAUUUGUAAAUCUUAACUUUGGUUGCUGGGGAAGGGGAAAGCAAUUUUCAAUUUAAGCUCUCAAUUGUCUUAAUUGAUAUUCAAUGCAUUUGCCCAAAUUCUAAAAAUUACAACACAAUUAGACCACAAGCUGUAUAAAUCCAACAAUGAACGAGGACAAGAUGUAAAUAAAAUCCAUUUCUAUUA